GGCCGCGAGCUGCGUGGGCUUGUGUCUAGGCGCCUGUGGUUCGGGGCCUUGUGCUGGCACCGGGGGCGCCGUGUUGGCGACUUUGGCACUCUUGGCGUUGGGUGGGCGGCAUCUUGGGGGUCACAUGAGCCAGUGGCAUCAUGCCCACGGGCGCUGGGGUCAGGGUCGCGGCUUUUCUGGACGUUCGUCGGCCAAGAGGAAGGGCGGAAACCACAUCCCGGAAAGGUGGAAAGACUAUCUCCCAGUUGGACAGCGGAUGCCUGGGACUCGUUUCAUUGCUUUCAAAGUUCCUUUAAAAAAGAGUUUUGAAAAGAAUCUUGCUCCAGAAGAAUGUUUUUCCCCCUUGGAUCUUUUUAACAAAAUCCAAGAACAGAAUGAAGAACUUGGGCUGAUUAUUGACUUAACAUAUACUCGCCGCUAUUAUAAGCUAGAGGACUUACCAGAAACUAUUCCUUAUUUAAAAAUUUGUACAAUUGGGCAUCAGGUGCCAGAUGAUGACACUAUUUUUAAAUUCCAAUGUGCUGUUAAUGGGUUUUUGAAAGAAAAUAAAGAUAAUGACAGACUUAUUGGUGUCCACUGUACCCAUGGUUUAAACAGGACUGGCUACCUCAUCUGCAGAUAUUUGAUUGAUGUAGAAGGCAUGUGGCCAGAUGAUGCAAUUGAAUUAUUCAAUAGGAGCCGUGGACAUUGCUUAGAAAGACAAAACUACAUUGAAGACCUUCGGAAUGGUCCCAUCAGAAAGAAUCGGGAUUCCAGUGUAUCCAGAACAAGUGGUUUUGAAGACUCAGUGCAUAUGAUGGAAACAGUUCACACAGCUAAUAAGUCUGUUAACCAAGGACCUAAGUAUAACCUACAUCCAACCCCAGGUUACCCAACAUCUCGGCGUUUCCGUACCCAGACCCAAGAUUUUCAGCAAUCAGAAAGAAAAUUUUCACAGAAUCAGAACAUUUACCAGAGAGGCCAUAUUCCUCCUCCUGGUCCCCACGGAGAGGACUGUUUACAAAGGAGGUACUCUUGGAAUGUAAAGCCAAAUGCCAGUCAAGCAGCGCAGAACAGAAGGUGGUAUCCUGGCAGUUACUACAGACUACCCUAUCCGACCUACUAUAGAUGGACCAAGUGACACAAGCCUACCCUGGAAAUCUAUCUGGAGACGGAACAGGACUGAAGACAGCCAGAGUGACUUUUUAUAACAUCAGGUCAAAUGAGGUUUAUAAUCUAUUUUAGUGCUCUCUUAUGUGUUCGAGCUUAAGGAAAAAUUAUAUUGAUAUUUAGCUCCGCUGAUAAAUUUGCAGUAUUUACAACAGUGAAGGAAAUAAUCUGUCAUUCCAGUCUUAAAUUUUUUUAAAGGAGGAUGAUAUUUUAGAACUGAUAAAAAGUAAUAAAGAACAUCCCUUGUAAAUUAUUUUUAAAAAUUCUAUCUUCCUUUUCUGGUGUAUUUCCUUCUGACUAGACUUGUAAUGUUUGUGUGUGUGUGCAGAAAAUUUUUAGUGUUUUUGUCAUGUUCUGUUAUUACCCAAUCAUCAGGGUAUCUUCCCCCCCCCCCCCCCACCAAACUGUUCAAGAUUUCUAUUAAAAUCUACCUAGGAGAUAA